AGUGGUGGGGAGUGGGGCAUUCCAGCGUGCGGCAGUAGUGACUAGAGAAUCAGAUUUCUCCGACCCAGCAGUGAGACCAGAGCGAGGGGAGGAGAGAGGCAGGGCCAGGAAUCUCUCCUUUGGACACUCCCGGUCCUUUAAGGUCCAGAGCUCAGCUAACAGUCCCUGGACUCUCUUUGAGCCUGGAUCUCAGCACACAGGGCCAGUGUGACGUACACACCUCCCCAGACCCUCUCUUAAGCCGGACAUCCAGGAUUUUGCCUCUCAUUGUAUGAGGCCCUAGCUGAGAGAGCUUUCCUGAAGUGUACCCACCUCCAAAGGUCUGCUUCAUAACAUCCCUGGUGAAAUCUGUACUUUUGCAGCAAAUUUCCAUUGGCAUGAUACAAGGAUAGCAAUGGAUCCUGAGGGCUCUCGUAUUCAAGAUGACCCAGAUGUCAAAAUAAUGAUGGCGGGAUCGACUCUUAGAAAAGUCAAGUCCCGUUCAUGGAAGAAGCAGCGGCAUUUCCGCCUCCUGGAAGACGGCCUGACAAUCUGGUACAAAUCCAGAUGGGCAGGGAGAGGCCACUCCACCUUCUCAGUGACCGAGUUGGAGGCAGUGCGUGAGGGCCACCAGUCGGAAGUCCUGCUGAGCAUUGCCGAGGAGUUCCCCGCUAACCUCUGCUUCACCUUGGUGUUUCACGGUCGGCAAGGCAACGUGGACCUGGUGGCAGAGUCUCCAGAGGAAGCCCAGGCCUGGAUCCAAGGAGUGCGCAAGUUAAUUCACAAGGCUCAAACGAUGGACGAGAAGGAGAGGUUAGACCAAUGGGUCUGGGACUGGUUUCAGAAAGCUGACAAAAACAAAGAUGGGAAGAUGAAUUUCAAAGAAGUGCGGAAACUGCUGAAGAUGAUGAACGUAGACAUGAAUGAAGAACAUGCUCUCCAUCUCUUUACGAUGGCCGAUAAGUCAGACACCGGUUCUUUAGAAAUCGAAGAGUUUGUCCACUUCUAUAAGAUACUGACUCAGAGGAUGAGGUAUGGAAGUGUUCCAGCUACUCUGGAGAUGGAGAAGAAGUUAAUGUUGGAGGAGCUGGAAAACUUCCUGCGGAUAGAGCAACAGGAGGGAGAGCAGAGCGCCCAGCAUGCCAAGGAGCUGAUUGAUCGCUAUGAACCAUCUGAGACAGCCAAAAAGCAAAGCGCCAUGUCUCUAGAUGGCUUCCAGAUGUACCUGUGCUCCCAGGAGGGCUCCAUAUUUAAACCUGAGCAUCGACAUCUUUACCAGGAUAUGCCAGCCGCUCAGCCACUACUUCAUCUCCUCCUCACACAACACCUACCUCCUGGAGGACCAGCUCCGUGGACACAGCAGCCUAGAGGCGUAACAUCCAGUGAGGACUGCCUGCACAAAUGA